AUGAAAUGGCGACUGGCAGGUGGCAUGAGCAUACAGCUUGCAGCAGCCGUAUUCUGCAUGCUGCCACUCUUCACGUCAUCUACAGGAGAUAUAAGACAUCACGGCACAUCAAGAGCAAGAGGCUGGCGGGGCGGGGUACAGCCAUCCGCUGACGUCACUGCCAACAACACAGUCAGCAACAUCACUGCCCAACUGGGCGGUACUGCUUAUCUACAUUGCCUUGUGGGACACCUGAGCGAAAGAGGCCAAGUGUCAUGGAUCAGAAAAAGAGACUGGCAUAUACUGAGCUCCGGCAAGUUUACGUACACCAAUGAUGAACGGUUUCAGGUGCUGCAUGGCGAAGGUUCAGAAGACUGGACGCUACAAAUCAAGUUCGUACAAAAACGCGACAACGGCACAUAUGAGUGUCAGGUGCUGCAUGGCGAAGGUUCAGAAGACUGGACGCUACAAAUCAAGUUCGUACAAAAACGCGACAACGGCACAUAUGAGUGUCAGGUGAGAAUUACUGUUAUUGUCCAACUUUGUCGUAGUAGCAGCGAAUUGCGACUCCUGUGCUAUAUUUUUCUCUGGUUAUUUCAGGCGUAA